GAGAGGCCUUUAAACAUCUCUUUGUCCAGCUGAAGAUGGAAAGCUAUUUAGUUUCAAAGCUGACAUUAAGGGACAUUCUAGAAGUUAGGUUAGAGAUCCAUAAGGACAAUAAGCCAAAGAAAAUAGAAGAUGUAGCCUGGUGUACUCUAAAGAAGAUCAUGGCUCUAGACAAUACUGCAAGGAACACUCUGCUCAAUACAGAUUCGUCUGGCUUGAAUAAAAAUGAUAAAGAUGAUCUCUUUAACAUUGAUGAGUAUGAAGAUACACAAAAUGCAAGUUCCAUCCACCCCUUGGAUAUCCUCUGUCUUCUCCUGCAUUGUUCAGAUAAUUUUCUACAACAAGAAAUUGUAACCAAAAUGGCCAUGUGUCAGUUCGCUGUCCCUCUGCUGCUCCCUGCUGGUGACGGGUCACAGUGUACCUAUAUGCUGUGGGCAAUGAGAGACAUUGUGAAGAAGUGGAGACCUCAGUGUUUAGCUGACAGUAAAGGGUUCAGAGAAGAAAAUGUGGUGAAUAUUUCCAUGCCACUAAUUUCCUUUGUAAGAUUGGGGAAAUCCAAGUUGUCAAAAUCUAAAAUCCUGAAUCAAAUUCUUAAUCCAGUCCAGCAGAAUAACAAUUUCUUCAUACAUGACAAUGUGGAUGGUGGCAACAUUGAGAGAAAAAUAUCUGAGGGACUUGUGGAAAUUUCCUGGUAUUUUCCCUCUGGUAAAUCUGAUGUUUUUCCAGAACCUCUUGCAGUUACCAACCUACGUGGAGACCUAGAGACCAACUGGGACCAGUUCACAUUUCUAGCAGAAGUUUCAUCAGCUGUGUUUAUAUUUAUUGAAACAAUCGAUGAGAGAGAAUUCCAGCUGUUAUCCAAAUGCAGUCAGAAUGACACCGAUUUUUGCAUUGUAUUUACUCCAAAUUCAGGAAAAAGUAUUGAGAAAGAGACACAAAAACUUCUAGGGAACCUUCUUCCAGUAUUAAGAAUUGAAAGAGAAAAUGUUAUCCUGAAGAUGAGGACAGAAAAUGAUACAAUGUUAACUAAAAAAAUCCAAGGGAGAAUGAAACAAAUUAUGGAGAGCACCUCCAAAUCUAUUUCACUGGAAGAUUUACCAAGAUAUUUCAGUGGGCAUCAUUUUGUGACAGAUGAAAGUACUGAUGAAUGCCAGAAAGGAAGAAACCAUGCAGAUAAAAUCACUCAAGAAAUAAAAGAUGUGGCAGAAUAUAAAAUGGCCACUAUGAAAUUACAAGGAGAUCUUUGGAAACAGUUGUCCAAAAUAGAUAAAGAACUUUGUAGAAUGAAAAACCAAGGAGAACAAAAUGCAGAAACACAUAAAUCUCAUCUCCGAUUACAGCGCAAUGCCCUGCAUGUAAAACAAUAUCAACAGAAAAAUUCCAAGGGUAUAGGGUUUUUUAUUCAAGCUCUUACUGAUUUGUCUCCAAAAGAGAGACAAUAUUUUCUAAAAUGGAUGAAAUUUAACCUUGACACAAUAACUAGAGACAAUUUGUCUAAUCUGCAGGUAAUUUACAAGGAGAAAUGUGACAAUCUGCCCCACAGCAAAAAAGAACUCAGGGACUUAGAUCAGAAAAUCUCUGACAGCUGUUUGGGAGUGGAACACUUUCUACGUGAAAUGGGGCAGUUUUAUGAAGCUGAAUGCUCUACAGCAAAACAUACAAUAAUUGAGCAAAACAAGAAAAAAUUUGCUGAUCUUCCUAGAAUAGCUGCCAAUUUUCUGUUGGAUGGGUUUCCAUUAGAGCUGAUUGAUGGAGAUGCCUCCAACAUUCCCCUGCAAUGGAUAACGGAUGUCCUUACUGAUCUGGACAAGAGAACAGGGGGAAAAUGCAGACUGAGAGUGAUAACUGUACUGGGAGUGCAAAGUACAGGAAAAUCCACCCUCCUCAACACCAUGUUUGGUUUGCAGUUCCCCGUGGCCAGUGGAAGAUGCACACGAGGAGCCUUCAUGACUCUUCUUAAUGUUAAAAAGGACUUCCAGGAAAAGCUGGGCUGUCACUUCAUCCUGGUGAUCGAUACUGAGGGGCUGAAAGCUCCAGAGUUGAGCUCUCUGCAGGACAGCUAUGAACAUGACAAUGAACUGGCCACACUAGUGGUUGGAUUGAGUGAUAUCACCAUAAUCAAUAUGGCCAUGGAAAACUCAACAGAAAUGAAGGAUAUUUUACAGAUUGUGGUCCAUGCUUUUCUUAGAAUGAAAGAAAUUGGGAGGAAACCCAACUGCCAGUUUGUACACCAGAAUGUCAGUGAUGUAUCGGCUCCUGAUAAAAACAUGAGAGACACAAAGAAACUUCUGGAACAGCUGAAUGAAAUGGCAAAGGUGGCUGCCAACAUGGAGAAAAAAAAUGAGAUUUUAGCUUUCACUGAUGUGAUCAACUAUGAUAUUAAAAAGGACAAUCAGUACAUUCCUGGCUUGUGGCAGGGAGACCCACCAAUGGCUCCAGUAAAUUAUGGCUACAGCUCAAAUGUGCUUGAGCUUAAAAUGUAUUUGUUUGAAUAUAUGAAUUGUGAGGAAUCUAUUAACAAACCAUCCAGCAUCUCUGACUUUAUUACUUGGAUAGAAAGUUUAUGGCGAUCUGUGAAACACGAGAAAUUCAUCUUCAGUUUUAGAAACAGUCUGGUGGCCAAAGCCUACAAUAGUUUGUCUUCACAGUAUUCCUUAUGGGAAUGGGAUUUCUGUAAAAAAAUUCUCAACUGGGUGAUCAGCACAGAAAAUGACAUUAGAAAUCAAUCUGGAAAAACAUAUGAAAUCAAAAAACAGGAGCUGCAGAAUAUUCUUCUGGAGGAAGAAAACAAGAUGACUGAAUCACUAGAAAAAUAUUUUGAAAACUCCGAAAAUGCAAAUCUCAUAGAACGACACAGAGAAGAAUUCAAAUUAAGUAUAACGAGCCUGAGAAAAGAACUUGAAAUAAACGCUCUUAGCAAGUGCCAUGAGGCUGUUUCUAUCCAGAAAGGGAAAAUACAAAUCCAGAACAUCGAGAGGAAAUCCCAGACAUUUAUUGAAGAUAAAAUAACACAUCUCCUGCAAAGAUAUAGACAGAAUAAUAUUGAAGUAAAUGAAGAAGCAAUUCAACAAGAAUUUGAGUUGAUGUGGAAGAAGACCUUAUCAGAGCUGCAGUUGGAAGAACUUAGAAGAUGUAAUGUGGAUCAUUCUCUUCUUCUCCUUCUCAAAAAUGACAUGAGCAGUAAAGGACCUGAGAUAAAUAGAGCAUUAAUUAGAGUUAAAGUUUUACAGCAAUAUGCAAAGAAAGGUGUCAGGUUUUGUAUAGAUGAUAAAAAGCACUUUGAUCACUCCAUUAAAUCAGUUUUAAGAAACCUAAUAUGUAAGCAAGAACAUAUUAGGAAGGUUAGCGAUCUUGCUGCUUCAAUAAUUCGGACCAGUGAUGAGUAUAUAAAAGAGAAGACGUCUUCCAGAAAUGAUUACAAUGAAAUGUACGCUAAGGAAUUGCUACACAAGAUUAAUAAUAUAUUUAAUGAUAAAGAUGUGAAAAAGCUUAACUUUAAUAAACAGUUUGAGUUGGAUAUCAAACUUUUCAUUUUUGGAAAAGCCUCUAAAGCUUUCCAGAAGUUACAUGACAAGUUUCUCCAUGAGAAUGACCCCAAACUUUGCCUGAAGAAGCUAAAGCCCCAGUACUUGUCUAUAUUUCUCAUGAUUUUCCACAAAAAAGAUGAGAGUCGAAACAGAGCCAGACAGUUUUGUGAGCUGUGCCUGAAACCAGCAAUAAUAGAUUAUGUUUUCAAACAUCUUGGACAAAAAAUAGUAGAUGAGAUUUUAAUUGAAAAUUUCACAUUCCGCAGCAAAAGUUCUUUCCAGUGUAUGGUUCUAGAGGAGCUUCUAGAAGACAUGUCAUUCCACAAGUAUGUUGAGUUCAUCAGUUCCUAUGAGAGCUUUAUAAAAAAAUGGAUUUUGGCUUACAUCACAAACAAAUAUGACAGAGGAUCAGCUUUACAAACCUUGCAGGAGAAUAUUCUGUCAUUCAUUGACAAGACAAUAAAAAACGCUCUUAAAAAUGAAAGAUGCCGGAAGGAAAACUUGGUGUCGGUUUUUUUGGAGAAGUUUUGUGAGUUAUUAAAAACAGAAUUGGUGAUUUCACAAAAAGAGAUGAAAUUCAUCACAUUCCUUAACUUCGGGAGCGUUGUGCAAUUCUCAUCCGAAAUUGAAAAUUUCCUCCCAGAGACACAACAACAAAUCCGAUCAGAUCUUAGAUCUAUAGAUAUACAGUAUAUUCUUUCCAGGAUGACAGUGAAGCCUCUGCAUGAAUUGUUCAGGAAGGCGAUUGGAUGUGGCAAGCAGUGUCCUUUCUGUGAUGUCCCCUGUGAGGCCGGAGGCGGUGACCAUAUAAAUCACGCAGCUUCCAUUCACAGACCACAAGGAUUUGGGCAGUAUUGUUUUGUGGAAGAUGAUAAGUUGGUCAUUGAUAUCUGUUCUACUCUUGUUGUAUCUAACUCAAGUUUUAGAAAUACAGACACUGAAUGGAAAGAUCAUCCCUACAAAGAGUAUCGUACAUAUUACCCAGAUUGGGUCAUUCAGCCCGACUCCAGCAUUGGGUCCUCAGAUUACUGGAAGUUCAUCUUUGUAAAGUUUAAUCAACAGUUUGCAAAAGAGUAUGGAGCACAACCGGCUGAGCUGCCGGAGACCUGGAUGGAAAUCACCAGAGAGCAAGCACUUGACAGCUUGAAAAAAGCCUUUAAUGUGAAUUGACCUCCCUAUAGUGAUCAUUACAAACUGAUUUACAUUGGGGACAAAUGAGGAUACACCAUUUUUUUUACAUAAUGUAUACUUCCCAAUAACUGUAUUCAGCAUGCAGAGAGAUAGUAAUUACACAGAAUGACCAUUGCUCAUACUGGAUGCUACAUCACCUGUGUAUACCACAUUUACUGUACCUGCAUAUAUAUAUAUGUAGGAUUUAUUACCACAAGGAUUUUCUAAAUAUGUGCAGCUAAGCAACUUCUCACUAGUUAGAAAUGGUAUAUUGUGCAAAGGGUCUAAGAAGAUCUCAAUGAGAUUCUAUUGGAUUUACCAUCUUUAUAUGCCAAGGAUUUGACAUGCCUCUACAACACAUGUGAAGCCACGUUUAAAAUAAUAUCAAUGUAAGCUGGCUAGUGGCCGCAUCCAGCUUCGCCCCUCUUCCUUCCGGGGCCGUGGACUCCGGCUCUGUGACUGGCCGGAGUUGUGUGACGUCACUCCCACGCAUGUGCACAGGAGCCGCCAGUCACGCCAUGGGCUCUUUAGAAACGGCAUGGGUCCUUUAUAAACUGCACAAUCGAGCCCUUGAGAUAUUUCCAGUACCUACAGCUAAGCCUUAUUAUAGGCUUACCUAUAGGUACAAGUGGUGUAACA